CUAUAAUCAGAUUAAAUGAUCGCAUCAAAUAAUCUUUUAAUAUAAAUACAGGAAAUGUGAUAUGAAAGGUCAUAGUUGGCAAAAUGAAGAUUGUGACACAAUUUUUAACAGCCUUUCUAUUAACACAAGCGAAAAGCUUGUCCAAAGAGAUAUCAGGCCGUAUAAUUGGGGGCCAACCAGCCUAUGCUGGAGAGUUUCCCUUUGCUGCAGCAAUUUACAUAACGACUGCUGAAGGUAGAUAUUUCUGCUCUGGAUCACUUAUCGGUCCACAGUGGAUUUUAACGGCUGCUCAAUGUGCAAAGGGAGCUAUUUCGUUUAAUAUUCAUUUAGGAUCAAAUCUCUUGGAAGGAGAUGAUGAAAACCGGGUGACUGUAGCAACUUCUGAAUAUGUGAUACAUCCAGAUUUUGAUCCACUCACGCUUGAACAUGACAUUGCACUUAUCAAACUUCGGAUGCCUGUUACUUACACAACAUAUGUUCAACGGGUUUUUAUGGCUUAUGGUAAUUUGAGUGACUAUACUGACCUCAAAGCAAUAGGGUGGGGUCAGACCAGUGAUGCUAACAGUAAUUUGUCAAAUGAGUUAAACUUUGUGGAUGUAGCUGCUGUUCCUAAUUCGGAAUGUAGAACUAUCUAUGGACCACAAAUUAACGAUAAUAUGGUUUGUGUCGCUGGUGAAUACAACGAAGGAGCUUGUAAUGGCGAUAGUGGAAGUGCUCUAGUACAUUACGAUUUUGGCAGCAGGACUAUUCGACAUGUCGGCAUUGCAAGUUUUCUAAGUGCAAACGGAUGUGAAAGUACCGAUCCUUCAGGAUACACCAGGACAUACAGUUACAAGAAGUGGAUAACAGAUGUUACAGGGAUUAUUUCAUAAAUUUCAUUUCAAAACAUUUUACGUGUGUAUAACCAGAUUCAGAUUUACAAUUUUAAAGCAAAUUUUACCAUAAAUGUUGUAAAUCAAACGAGUAGAAAUAAAACGGACUUUUUAUUA